UUACAAAAUCUCAGUCAAGCCUUGACAUCAUCUCUCGAGCCCAGCAUGGUCCGAACAAAGACGCACGCCAGGACCCUAGAAGAGAGGUACCCCAAGGACAAGUACCCCAACGGCCCACCCACGUAUAACCUCCCACCCGCACUCCCAUGCGUAUCCAACAACCGCAUCUUCAACGAUCACACCGGCAGACCAGCCUUGAUGUCAUGGGAGAGCACGGGGGUCAAGAAUCCCUUGCCUCCCCUCGCCUCCUGGGUCUUCUAUAUGGUCCAUCCAGAUGUGCCGCGUGACUUUGACGGCUAUAAAUUCCAGCGUGGUCUUGAGGAUGGUCGUCCCCAGGUAAGAGGUGGCAGCUUUCGGUACGAGUUCUUCUUCCUUCCAGGUGCCACGGUUGAAGAAUGCCAUACGCACUACCUCGGGGAGCUGAAGGCUCGAGGCACCAUUUGGCGCCAAAUCCGCAAGGUCAAGAGAGCUAUGGACCUCGAGAAGCAGAAAAACCCCCAACCAGUGGAGGAUGACCUGGUAGAGGAGUCCAGUUCUGGUCCGGGCUCCACGACAUCCGAGUCCUCUUCUGAUGAAGAAGCCGCUACCAACAAUCAACAACUUCCUGGCUUAGUCUGGCCCAAACACGAUCACGAUGAUGAUCUUCUCUCUUAUCGCGGCUGGUUUUUUAUAUAUCCACAUAUAAAUAUCGAUUGCCGAGGUGCUGAUGGUGCGAAGCGUGAGAUAGAUAUCGUCACGUUUGACCCCAUCGAGCAGGAAUGGGAAGAAGAUGAGGUUCGUAGGUUUGAUCCGAUGGAACACCCUGUUCACGUAACACGGAAGAAAGCCAGAGAAGACUGUGAACUGGGGGUUAUGGAUUGGAUGUACUGGAGAUUGCGUUCACACUGGGAGCAAAAGGCUGACGAAGCCACGGAUGACGCGAUGAAGCUAGGCUGGAAGUCUUGGUAA